AUGGCGUCGCGUCUGGCCAGAACUGCUGUCGGGGCUGCCCGCCUCCGGCCCAGCGUCGUCCCCCGCGUCCUCCCCGCGCUCAGCACCGUCGCUAGCCCCCGCUACUCGUCCGGCCUCCCCGCCGAGGACCCCAAGACCAAGGCCCAGUCCAUCAUCGACUCCCUUCCCGGCAGCAACCUCAUGUCCAAGACCGCCAUCCUCUCCUCCGCCGCCGGUCUCUCCAUCUACGCCAUCUCCAACGAGUACUAUGUCAUGAACGAGGAGACCGUCGUCGCCUUCUGCUUGCUCUCCGUCUGGGGUGGUCUCAUCAAGUUCGGUGGUCCCCUCUACAAGAAGUGGGCCGAUGAGCAGUCCGACAAGAUCAAGAACAUCUUGAACUCUGCCCGUGCCGACCACACUCAGGCCGUCAAGACCCGUAUCCAGGACGUCCAGCAGAUGUCUAGUGUCAUCGACUACACCAAGACUCUCUUUGCUGUUUCCAAGGAAACCGCCAAGCUUGAGGCUGAGGCCUAUGAGCUCGAGCAGCGCACCGCUCUCGCCGCCGAGGCCAAGACUGUCCUCGACUCCUGGGUCCGCUACGAGGGCCAGGUCAAGCAGCGCCAGCAGAAGGAGCUCGCCCAGAGCGUUAUCGCCAAGGUCCAGAAGGAGCUCGAGAACCCCAAGGUCCUCAAGCAGAUCCUUGACCAGUCCGUUGCUGACGUUGAGAAGAUCGUUGCCUCUGCCAAGGCUUAA